AUGGGCCUCAGGUCUUUGGGGUUCGUUCUUGUUGUGCUUCUUCUCUUGGCUUCGGUCGGCACCGCGACGGAAGAGGCCGGCAAGAUCGAUGCCGCGGAGACAACAGAGACUGAAGCCGUGGUGCCGCGACCGAGCAUCCCGCCGCUGAAGCGAUUUGUAGUGGAUGAGAUCGCAUCGAACCACACGCUGGUGCGGAAAGAACUGGUGGGGCGAGGCUGGGUGGAGCCCUCCCGAGCAGCCAAGAAGCGAAGCAGCUGGAGCGGCAGCGGCGCCGCCACGGCGCACUUCCUGUGGACCUGGUCCGUCGAUCGCACCAAGGCCGCCCCCGCCGGCCAAAUCGUGAAUCACUUCCCCCACUUCCAAGAGAUCGGCACCAAGAUCGGAUUGUGGAAGAACCUCUACGCUCUUCAUCAGGCCGAAGCCAGUCUUCUUCUUCGGCAAGAAGCUGGAGCCGAUCUCCACCCACCACCAGCCGGUGGUGAGGGCAGAGCUGCACCAGUGGUGACAGACGUGCACACCUUCUUCCCGCGGUGCUACCUGCUGGUGGGCGACCCCGAGGCCGAGCGGACGAGCGAUGUGGUGGUCGACCCGCUCGUGGCCGAACGGGAGAAGCGGCGCUUCAUGGCCGACUUCCUGCGCGGCGAGCCGGCGCCCAAGCUCGUCGCGUGCGAUGGCGAGGAAUGCACUUCGUCGUCGUCGGCCCGUACCGACGGCGCUGGUCAGCAAUUGUCUGAGCUCAGGCCGUGGCCGCAGCAGCCUAGCAUCGAGGGCUCCAAGAACAUCUGGAUUGUCAAACCGUCCCGGGCAGCUCGCGGCGUGGGCAUUCAGCUGUUCUCGAACCUCACGGCCCUGUUGGAGCACACCCUGGGCGUCGAAGCCGCCGCCGAGCUCAUGGCCGCACCCAAAGACUUUGCCCCCGGGCCUUUGUCUUCAUCGGUGGCCACCGCCGCUGACCAACCUGCUGCUGCUAUCGACACCAACGCAUCCAUUCCCAUCGGCCACUCCUCGUCCACACUCAACCCCGACCUGACCACCUACACGACCACGAGCGCGACCCACGACAAUGACACUGCCGCCGCGAGUGCCGGCGACCCUUCAACAGUCGCAGACGAGGCACCAUCAUCGGAACCUUCGUUCAUCGUGCAGAAGUACAUCGAGCGGCCGCUGCUGGUUUCGGGAUUGAAGUUCGACAUGCGCCAGUUCGUGCUAGUGGCCUCCCUCGACCCGCUCGUCGUCUUCAUCUCUGACGACUUUUACCUCCGAUUCACCGCUCAGCCCUUCACCCUCGACAACAUCGACGACAGGUUCCUUCACCUCACGAACCACCAGGUCCAGAAGCACGCACCCGACUUCCACAGCGCCGAGAUCAAGGAGAACCAAUGGAGCAGCCGCACCUUCAUCCAGCACUUGAGUGAUACCUAUGGCGAGGGUACGUGGGAGAAGCGCAUAACGCCGCUUAUCGAUAAGCUGAUCGUCACCACCAUGCUUUCUUGGCCAUCCAGUGGCCAUAGGGAGGGCAGUUUUGAAAUGCUGGGGCUCGACAUCAUGCUUGAUGAGGACCUGCGGCCGUGGCUACUCGAGGUCAACACCAAUCCCGGCCUCCACCUGCUCACUGAUGUGGUCAACGAGCACCACCCCAAGUUCGUUGCCGAUAUGUUCAAGGUGAUCAUCGACGAGAGGGCGUCGUGGGAGGCCCUGCCAGCAUUCAACCCCACCUUCACCGCGGGCGAGGAGGCGCCGAUGGUGGUCGGCAGCCUGCGACUGGCCUACAAGGGCCACAAAUCGACGACCGCCAGCCAGCCGCCUGCGACAGCCAGCCCCCGCAAGCAGCGCCAACGCGGCAAGGUGCGAGACUGGGAUAAUUUAUGA